UUUCCGCAAAAACAAUCAUGGCGUCCCACGGAGAAGAAGCGGGCGCCUCCAACUCGGCUGUGUCUGAGGACCAUGGAGAGCGAAAAGCAGCCGCUGUGUCGUUUGGAUUCACUAAAACAGUUAGCAAAUUCAAACAUCCGACCGCUGACGCUCCGACCAAGAAGGCAGAAAGGGAUUACUUGACUGGAAUCGACAGAAAUGAAUUACAGAGCACGAAACCAAGUGAAAAGCCCAAAGAGCUGAUCAUCCCCCUGAUCCAGAAGAACCGCUGGCACAAACCGGACCGGGCGGGCCAGAAAGAAGGCAAACCCGAGGACACGACCCGAGAUGUCGACUCCGUAGAAUCCCAGGCUGUCAAAGAGCUCAUCGAAGACUCACGGAGGCAGCUGGAGCAGUACCAGAACGGAUCCCAGGUAGACCUCAACCUCAGCAUCCCCCUGCUGAUGCAAAACAAAGCCCCAGAGGGCUUCGAGGACGGAGACCAUGUGAAGGUGGACCUGAGGCCUGAAUCUUCCACAGAGGCAGAUUACGAGAGCGUUCCCGUCGAGGCUUACGGACUGGCUAUGCUUAAAGGGAUGGGCUGGAAGAAAGGUGAAGGCAUUGGACGAACAUUUAAACAAGACGUGAAGCCGAUCGAACACGAGCUCCGUCCAAAAGGCCUGGGUCUGGGAGCCGAUCGUUCAGCCAUCAAAGACCUGGAGCCCCAAAGGCGUCAGCGUCCCCCGAAGCCAGGAGAAGAGCGAGAGAAGGAGGAGGAGCUGGUGAUGGGCGCUGGCGGCUGCGUGCUGGUGGAAUCAGGGGCACAUAAAGAGCUGUAUGGCAAGAUUGAAGGCGUUGAUGCAGACAACGCUCGAGUCGUAGUGAAGCUGGCCAUCGGUGGAAAGACUGUGACUAUCAGUCAGUACGCCGUGAAACUGGUGGGACGCAAAGAAUACGACAAAUACGGCAAAGACCUCAGUCGGCUCAGUAAAGCUCACAAAGAUAAAGAGCGGGAGAAGGAAAAAGAGCGGGAGAAAGAUCGGCGUCGGCAAGAGGAGAAAGAAAGGAGCAGCGACGACCGAGCAAAGCACAAGUCUUCAGAGAGAGACGGAGGAAGAGAUGAGAGGAAGAGGAAACACAGAGAAUCCAGUCAGGACAGAGAAAAACCUCCAGUGAAAGAAGCCCGGCGACCGCCGCCGCCCCCCUCCUGGCUCCAGAGGGACCUGAAAGUUCGCUUCAUAGACAAAGCUUUCAAAGGGGGCCAAUACUACAACUCCAAGAUGCGAGUGGAGGAUGUCCUCACGCCAUCGACCUGCGUGUGCCGAACUGAAGAGGGGAGGCUGCUGGACGAUGUGAAGCAGGACAUGCUGGAAACCAUCGUUCCAAAGCAGGAGAGCGACUCUGUGAUGGUUGUGCUGGGCGAGCACCGAGGACAGGUCGGCCGCAUUCUUCAGCGAGACAAGAACAAGUGCCGGGCGAUAGUUCAGCUCGACAGAUAUGAAGAGAAAGUGUUCACGCUGGACUAUGACUCCAUUUGUCACUAUGUGGGAGCAACGGAUGACUGACUCCGCCUCUUUUCUUGUUACAUUGUUUAUUCCACCUCACCUCAUCCUGUGUCUUUGUUGGAAGAAUAAUGUCUUUUAAUGCAACACAUUUUAUAAAUAAAAACUGAUUAGGAAUUUAUCGCAGGUGGGUCACAACCGCAAGGAAAUCUGACACAAAGCUGAUGUUUAUUCCAACCUUUACUGUUAACAACAACAAAGACAAUCUUAAUGUCAUAUAAAAUCAUAUUUACAUACAGCUGCUCUACUGGUUAGAGGAGAGUUAAACUCGGUGCUGCUCGGCGUCCUCAGCACACAGAUGUUAGAGUGAAGGAGCAGCCAUUCACCACGGGGCGUCGAGGAGGACCAGCUGCGCUGACUUCCUGCUUCCUGCCGGCCUGGCUCACUCCUUGGGUAUCUGGUUGGCCGCGUUGGCCCGGAGCACGGCUCCCGGGCUCGGGUACGGCCGCUGCUGGAACAGGGGCCCCGCCGCCGUGGUGUCGGCGCCGGUUUUCGCCUCGUUGCGUUUGGGCAGGCCGCUCGACCACGAACCCCUGUGGAGACGAGACGCUUUAGUGGCGGGGUUUUUUUUUUAUUUCUGGGCGGUGGAAUCAGUCCGCUGACCCGUGAAAGCCACGUCACGAUGAGAUCAUUCCAACUUCGUCAUGGUGACUGCUUAUUUAUAACUGUAGCCCCUCCCCCUUCCCCCUCGGGGUGUGUGCGAAAUUAAGUUGACCUUUUUCAUGAAUUGUCUUAA